AUGGAGUUCGCCAUGGUGGGCGCGGACGGCGGGGGCGCGUGCAACAGUCACCUGCCGUACGGUUACGCGCAGGCGCGUGCGCGGGAGCGCGAGCGCGAGCGGGAGCGACAGGCUGCCGAGGUGAGGAGGGGAGGAGGAGGAGGAGGAGGAGGAGGAGGAGGAGGAGGAAACGCUCAUCUCCAUAGCAACCGCCAGCAUCCGUCUCGCGCCGCCUCCUCCUCCAACAUCAGCAGCGGCCCCUCCUCCUCCUCCUCCUCUUCCUCCUCCUCCUCCUCUUCCUCCUCCUCUUCCUCCUCCUCCUCCUCCUCCUCCUCCUGGCAGGAGUCCGGGCAGCAGAGGGCUCUCAGAGAGCGGAAAAAGCCGCACGGAGUCGGUGGUCGGUGGAGGCGCAACCGGGGCUCUUUUGGCGGGGAAUUGCGCCACUCCGAACUGGCGCUGCUGGGAUCCGAGGAGGACGUCAUGAUAGAGGAGGAGGAGGAGGAGGAGGAGGAGGAAGAGGAGGAGGAGGAGAAGAAGGAGAAGAAAGAGAAGAAAGAGGAGAGCAAAAGGUCCAGCUUUCUGUGCAACAUGGAUGAUGAGGAGGAGGAGAGGGAGGAAGGGGAGACGGUCUCGAUCCCGGACCGGCGGCCCCAGUCCGGGUACGAAACUCCGUACAGCGACUUUGGCUGCGGGGAGCGCGUGGUCAUCAACGUGUCCGGGCUCAAGUUCGAGACUCAGCUCAAGACGCUCGCGCAGUUCCCGGACACGCUCCUCGGGGACCCGGACAAGCGGAUCCGGUACUUCGACCCGCUGCGGAACGAGUACUUCUUCGACCGGAACCGGCCCAGUUUCGACGCCAUCCUGUACUUUUACCAGUCCGGGGGGAGGCUGAAGAGACCCGUCAACGUGCCGUUCGACAUCUUCUCCGAGGAGGUGAAGUUCUACGAGCUCGGGGAGGAGGCGAUACUGAAGUUUAGAGAGGACGAGGGCUUCGUGAAGGAGGAGGAGAAACCCCUGCCCGAGGACGAGUUCAAACGGCAGAUCUGGCUCCUGUUCGAGUACCCGGAGAGCUCCAGUCCCGCGCGGGGCAUCGCCGUGGUCUCCGUGCUGGUCAUCGUCAUCUCCAUCGUCAUCUUCUGCCUGGAGACCCUCCCGGAGUUCCGGGACGAGAAGGAGUACCUCCAACCCCGACUCAACUCCUCGGAACCGGACCACGGCUUCACCCCGUUCAACGACCCGUUCUUCAUCGUGGAGACGGUGUGCAUCGUGUGGUUCUCGUUCGAGUUCGUGGUGCGCUUCUUCGCGAGUCCCAGCAAGCCCGCCUUCUUCAAGAACAUCAUGAACACCAUCGACAUCGUGUCCAUCCUGCCCUACUUCAUCACGCUGGGCACGGACCUGGCGCAGCACCAGGCCACCAGCAGCAGCACCGGGAACGGCCAGCAGGCCAUGAGCUUCGCCAUCCUGCGCAUCAUCCGCCUGGUGCGCGUUUUCCGCAUCUUCAAGCUCUCGCGCCACUCCAAGGGGCUCCAGAUCCUGGGGCACACGCUGCGCGCGAGCAUGCGCGAGCUCGCGCUGCUCAUCUUCUUCCUGGUCAUCGGCGUGAUCCUCUUCUCCAGCGCCGUGUACUUCGCCGAGGCCGACGAGCCCACGUCGCAGUUCACCAGCAUCCCCGACGCCUUCUGGUGGGCCGUGGUUACCAUGACGACGGUGGGAUACGGAGACAUGAAGCCCAUCACGGUGGGGGGGAAGAUCGUGGGGUCGCUGUGCGCCAUCGCGGGCGUUUUGACCAUCGCGCUCCCGGUUCCGGUCAUCGUGUCCAACUUCAACUACUUCUACCACCGGGAGACGGACAACGAGGACCAGGCCCCGGUGGUGGAGAGCUUGCCCCCGGGGUGCCCCUAUUUCCCGGACUUUUUGCGGAAGUUCAGAGGCUCAAACUCGGGCUCUUCUCUGGGGGAUAAGGCGGAGUACAUGGAGAUGGAGGAGGGGGUCACGGAGUCCCUGUGCGGGCUGGACAAAAGCCCCAGUAAAGGGAACGGAACCGACAUCAGCAGGAAAAACAGCACUAACUCCAAAUCCAUUCAGACUGACGUGUGA